AUGAAUGAAGACGGUUUGUUUUUCCAGAAAGCAGCAGAGGCAAUUAUGGUGACUAGCUUGAAUUCAGAAAAGGUGGAUCCAACUAUACGGGAGUUGUUGAACCGAGUGAAAUACGUGAGCACCCCUGCAAACACACCACAGCAGCCGCAACAGUCACGGAAGAAUGUUGCUUUCUCUGAUUUAUCCACUUACAAUAAUGGAGAUGGCCAGUAUGGAGCGAGUCACAUUCAGUCACACAAUCAGGUCAAUCCAUCUUCCAAUCACAGCAACAAUGUUUCUGCUGGUCUAAUUGCCCCAGAGAAUAAGACGAUAUUGAACUAUUUUGAUAGACUAUUGUCCAAUCCCGUCGAUUUCAACAAUCAAAAGUCUGGUACAUAUAACGGAAACUUACACCAUAAUCCAAUGACAUCUGCUUCAAGUAGCGGGGAUCAGCUUCGACUUGGCGAAGGUAAAACUAAGAGACGCAAGCUGGACUCCCAAACGUCAUCAGACAUGUCCGAUGCUCAGUCUGACAACUACAAAUCAAAUCAUAAAAGUACCGAAAAUGGUGAUUCCGAAGAUAAGGGAUUCCCAUGCCAGCAGUGCCAUAUGAUUUUCCGUCGUAGUAGCGAUCUAAGAAGACAUGAAAGGCAGCAUCUAUCAAUUCUACCGAAUAUCUGCACGUUGUGUGGUAAAGGUUUCGCAAGAAAGGACGCUUUGAAAAGACAUUUCGAUACACAAACUUGCAAGAGAAAUAGACAGAAGCUCCUUAGUAUAGGAGGUGAUAUAAACGAGAUUCUUGAAAGAGCCCGACAGAGCGGUGCAAAUAUAUAUAGUGGCCCCGCUAAACAAACCUCUCCAUAG